GUACUGUUACCUCAAUAUUCAAUGUGUUUAAUAGGUUAUGUGAUUGUACUUUUGCUGAAGUGCAGUUUCAAUUUGUGAUCGUAAUUCAUAAUGGGUAACUGUUAUGAAAUAAUUUCUUCUCCAAGCUUACCUGUAAUAGUAUGUAUCUUCUUGUCAGCAUCUGGACAUGUAGGUAUAAUAAAGGCAAUAGGAUUCUAUAUAAGCGACAUCAAUAUUGAUCUGAAAACCACACCGACCGACAUGGGAGUUGCACUUGGACUUCUGAACACCGUUUUCUUCGUACCAAGUCCAAUAAUUGCCGCCCUCUAUCGAUAUCAUUUUCUUCGUCGUCCGUUGGUUAUAUCUGGGGCGUGUCUUCAAACAUUAGGAGUGGCGUUCUUGUCAUUGGCAACGAGCAAAGCUCAAAUGAUCAUCUUUCUAUCAAUGACAGGUUUUGGAAUCGCUACCUUGAUUACGUGUUGUAUUUUGACAUUACAUCAUGUGGCUCAGGAAAACUACAAUCUAUGUUACGGCCUUGGUUUGAGCGGGUAUGGCGCCGGUAUGGUCCUUUUGCCUAUUGUAGCUGAAUUCCUACGUCACCCGUACGGUUGGAGAGGUGGAUUGCUCAUUAUAAGCGCCCUUAUAGCGCAUACCAUCCCAUGUGCUGUGGGAAUGAGAAUGAAAUUCGCCGAAGUGAGUACACAGAGAAACGGUUUUAAGCCAAUCGAAAGCUCGUCUACAGGACCUUCGGAAAUGGACAUAAGGGAAGAAGGCGAAGCAACUAAAUGUCAUGGCUUAGGCCUGUCAGAAGGAGACAACCAAUAUCGGCAUGUUGAUGGCUUUCGUAGGUUCACCAAUAUCCUUCGUGAAUCUGAUUUCUACAAGGAUCCUGUAUUUACCCUGAUAUUUGGUGUGGAUUUCGCAUUCUAUAUGGUGUACAGUGGUUGGCACUCUUUUCUCGUACCGCAUGUUCUGCAAAGAGGAAUCUCGGUCCAGAAAACCAUUAUCUUGACAUUCUCAGGAGCAGUAGGGAAUACUCUAAGCAGAUGUGGUGUAGGUGCCAUUACAAACCACCAAUUCAAGCCGAUUGAUGUCUACAUCCUCGCUACAAUCCUCAACAUCGGUGCUUUACUCGUCGAUGUGCUUGUAGUCAACUAUUACGUUAUGUUGGUGACAUCAUGCAUCUCUGCCAUGUCCGUCGGAGGGAGGGCGGUGGUCACAACGCUUAUUGAGAGGGAAAGAGCAUCUCCCGACAAAUUCGAUGUUAUCUAUUCACUCGCAAGAUGUACUUCCGGAGGUGGGAUGUUUCUUGGAGGUUAUUUAGGUGGUUUAGUCGCUGACACUUUUUCUUCGUUCAAUGCUACAUUCACGAUGUUACCGAUCAUUGACGCCGUUGUUCUUAUCCUGAUCUUGGUGAUGAAAUGUAACCCUAAACCUGAUGAUAUUGGCAAUUUUCAAUUGAGAAAUGUGUCCACUCCUGAUGAUGGAUAACAAAGCUUUCCGGAACUUUGAGAUUCCUCAUCGCAACUCUUCUCCACUAACCAUCGCCGCCCAUCUACUCAGGACUUAUUAGGGCCUACUCGAUACUUUACUGCUUCAACUGCUCAUUUCCCAAAUCCUUUUAUAAUAAUUAUCAUGGAUUAAAAUUCCCAUUCUUACCCUUCCCUAUAAUCUGUCAACUUUGUGCUUUAUUGUGUUGUAAUAUGGAUCUUUUGGUGCAAGUUCAUUUGUUUCUAAUGUUCACCUCGCUUACCUCGCUCACUUACAGUUCAUUUGAACUUUCCCGGGAUUGUUGCCGGUCCAGAAAGUCAACAACCGCUGACGUUAUUAAUUGAACAUGUCAAUCAAGAUGUACCUGAAUGGACCAUACACAUGUAUAGCAUUACAUGCUCGCAUUACUUGUUUGAUUAGAUACCCAUGUCAAUGAUUGCAAAAAGUGUUAUCGGAUUAUUUUUGGACUUCUCCAAGGCCUUCGAUACCAUUGAUCAUAGUAUUCUUUUUUAUAAACUGCAUCAUUAUGGUGUAAGGGGCAAGGCCUUGGAGUGGUUCAAAAGUUAUCUUACAAACAGAAAACAAUUUGUCUCAUUGAAUGGAGUAGAAUCUAAAAGCCAACCAGUUAAUUGCGGUAUUCCUCAAGGGAGUAUCCUUGGCCCCCUGAUUUAUAUCAUAUAUGUAAAUGAUUUUCAAUAUUCAUCUCCACUUUUGUUUUUUAUUCUAUAUGCAGAUGAUUCAAGUAUAUUUUUCUCGCAUAAAAACCCUCAAAUGCUUGUAGAGAUUUUUAACACCGAGUUGCAAAGUAUUUGUGAAUGGAUAUUUGCCAAUAGGCUCUCUCUUAAUCUUGAUAAAACAAAUUUUAUGUUAUUUAGUAACUCUCUUACAAAUUUACCUGACAAUAUUUUAUUGAAUGAUGUCCAGAUCAGUAGGGUAAAAUCAACUAAGUUCUUGGGACUUUUUAUAGAUGACAAAAUGACCUGGAAAAUUCAUACAAACCACAUUUGCUCAAUUUUAUCUAGAAAUACUGGUAUAAUGUACAAACUUAAAUCAAUGUUUCCACUCCAUAUUAUGCAAAUGUUAUAUUCUACUUUAUUACUCCCGUAUUUAAACUAUGGCAUUCUUGCCUGGGGAAAUUCUAGUAAGCUUCAACUUGAUAAAAUUUUGGUUAUCCAAAAGAGAGCAAUUCGUAUAAUUUCCAAUGCCCAUACAGGUCCUCUCUUUUUAGAAAAGGGUGUUUUAAGAGUUUCUGAUAUUUUCUUUCUGCAGUUGGGUUCUUUCAUGUUUCAACUGAAUAAUAAUGACUUGCCUCCGGCACUUAAUUAUAUGUUCAUAAAAAACAACCAGUUGCACGACUAUCCAACACGCCAAGCAUUUUCAUUUCAUCUUCCAAAAACCAGAACAAAAUUUGCCCACAAUACUAUUAUUUAUUCAGGUCCCAAAUAUUGGAAUUCUCUCAAUAUCGAUAUAAAAAGAUCUGUUAGCUUAACUGCAUUUAAAAGAAAAUUGAAAACGUCUCUUUUGAGACAAUAUUACUUCUCGUAGAACCCAACUGUACGCUUUAAAUAUACAAUAUAUAUUUACCUAUUUGAACUCAAUUGUGUAUUACUUUUAGGACGGUCGGAGGGUGGAUUGGGCACCUGGUAGUCAGGGAAACUCUUUUAUCAACCACGUGCCUCUUCGAAGUUUGCUUCCUUUAAUACUUUUUCUCACCUAGCAACUAUCAAGGUUUUUUUUCUUUCUUUUCCUCGUCUGCCAGGUGCUCCAUCCCCUCACUAUGUCCGUAUGUUUGUCAUUGUAAAUAAAUUACAUGUAUUAAUAUCUACAGCUGCAGAUACCCUUACAAAGGACCCGUCUACUAUCUUCUAUUUCAUUGGCAUACGACCAAUUCUGUCAAAAUAUUUCAUGUCAUACUUACACGUCGUAAUCGUGAACAGCAAUAUAAUAGACGGGUCUUCUCUUCUCUUCUUUCCUUCUUUCUUUCUUUUAUGUUUUGCUUUGUCUUUCUUGGUCUUGUCUAGUUACCUGUGUGUCCCUGUUCUUUGUAACGUUCUCCGUUUCCGUCCUUGUCUAGUUUCUGUAACUUUCUCCGAGCUCAGCUCUAUUUUUUUUACUAUAACUAUUUUUAGCUAUCAAUGAUUACACAUUAAUUAUUUGUUAAGGGCCUAUCCACAACAAGCUUUUGCUUUACUUUAGGUCCAUCCACUUAGAUUAUGCAUUUAUAUUGUAAUUAUGCAUACUAUUUCGGAAUGAGUUGUAUGUUUUUCUUUGUAUUUUGAUUGAUUUGUGGAAAACAAAUGAAAUUAAAUUAAAUUAAAUUAAA